AUGUUGGAGGCCGUUGGCCAAUUUGGACGUGGGGCACCACCUCAAACUAGAUAUGAGAUGGGAGAAACAUAUUUAAAGAAAGAAGUAGAAAGAACAAUAAAUUUGUUGACACCAUACAAAGACGAAUGGAAAUCUAAUGGAUGCUUGAUUAUGACGGACGCAUGGUCCGAUAGAAAGAAAAGGAACAUCAUGAACUUAUGUGUUAAUUCAAAGACGAGGACCGUUUUUUUGUCAUCUAAAGAAUCAUCAGAUGAAGCUCACACAAGUGAACACAUGCAUGAGUAUGUUGAAAGUUGCAUCAAAGAAGUUAGCCCUGAGAAUGUGGUUCAAAUUGUGACAGACUCAAAUAAUAUGGGAGUGACCAAGUUGUUAAAGGAAAAAAGACCAACUAUUUUUUGGACAUCUUGUGCAACACAUACCCUCAAUCUUAUGCUUGAAAGUAUUGGUGGACUACCUAGGUAUAAGAAAAUUCUCGACCAUGCAAAAACACUCAUGGUGUUUAUUUAUGCUCAUCAUAAAACUUUGGCCAUGACGAGACACGUUACCAAGAAAAGAGAUAUUGUGCGACCGGGAGUCACACUUAGCAACACCUUUAAAGGGAAAGCCGCAUAUAACAUAGUGAUAAAUGCCACAUUUUGGACUGAUGUAGCAUUAUGUUUAAAGGUUUUUGCCCCUUUGGUCAAAGUUCUUCGCAUGGUUGAUGUGGAUCGAAAGCUAUCAAUGGGUUUUGUAUAUGGUGAGCUUCAAAAUGCAAAACAAGAAAUUAUUAAUGCUUUGGGCAACAAUAAAAAAAACAAUCCGGAGAUCCAAAAUGAUAUUGAUGUGACCGAUGAGAUUGUUGAUUUUGUCGAUACAAUACAUCCAGGAGAUCAUUCUUUGCAAAACCAUAUCGUGAUAGUUGAGUUGCCGGUUUACAUGGGUAAACAAGAAAAAAUAAUCGAGAAAUUACAAUUAAAGGAUGUGAGGUACAUACAAAGAAAAGAAAUAGAUUAG